AUGCUUCACUCUGAUCUGCUCCUGAUGUCGCUCUGUGGAGGAGCAGAGCAGAGGAGGAGUGGUCCAGAACUGCACCAGAGCAGAGGAGGAGUGGGCCAGAACUGCACCAGAGCAGAGGAGUGGUCCAGAACUGCACCAGAGCAGAGGAGGAGUGGGCCAGAACUGCACCAGAGCAGAGGAGGAGUGGGCCAGAACUGCACCAGAGCAGAGGAGGAGUGGGCCAGAACUGCACCAGAGCAGAGGAGGAGUGGGCCAGAACUGCACCAGAGCAGAGGAGGAGUGGGCCAGAACUGCACCAGAGCAGAGGAGGAGUGGGCCAGAACUGCACCAGAGCAGAGGAGGAGUGGGCCAGAACUGCACCAGAGCAGAGGAGGAGUGGGCCAGAACUGCACCAGAGCAGAGGAGUCGUCCAGAACUGCACCAGAGCAGAGGAGGAGUGGUCCAGAAUUGCACCAGAGCAGAGUAGGAGGAGUGGGCGAAAACUGCACCAGAGCAGAGCUGGAAGAGUGGGCCAAAACUGCACCAGAGCAGAGCAGGAGGAGUGGGCCAAAGACACAGAUCUGGUUCGUAAACGUGACACUCAACUGA